AUGGAACUUAAGAUUCAUACUUGUCUGAUGGCAUUGCUGCUAGCUCUGGCGUUUUUGGCAUCCGCCUAUGGUGUCUCGGCCAAGACGUUGCCACGCGCCAGCUCAAAUGGUGAUGUGGAAGAAUCUGGUGUGAACACAUUGGAGAAGGGGCCCUCCAAGCGUCUAGCCGGUAUCUUUGUAAAAGAUGGCAACGAAAACGGCCAGUUGCGUUUUUUGGCCGCCGGGCUGUCAAGCAGUGGGAACAGCAAUAACAUCAACUCAGCCCUCAACCAAUAUAUAACCCAAAAGCAAGAUAUGUUGGAGCAGUUGCGCCCAGUUAGCACAUCUGGUACUGUAGGCACGCUGGGAACACUCGGCACGGCCACAGUCACGGGUACAGGAACUGCUACCGGCACAGGAGCUGUGACCACCAGUGCCAAUGGGGCCAUAUAUGUGAACUUGGGCUCCAGUUCAGGCUCCUCGUCGACCAGCUCUAAUGCGGCCCUCAACCAGGCCAUCUACGGCGGAUCCCCAGUGGCUGAUCUCUUGCCCCAAGUUAUUGCAUCGGCUGCUCUGCAAAAUGGAAAUCUACGUCGUCGUACCCCAGCAAAUCGCCGCCGUGUGGCAAAUCGCGUGGGCAACACCCAGAAUCGCCGUCGGGGCAACAAGCGUGGCAAGAAGCGACCACAGGUGCUUGUGGUGCGUCCCAAUCGGGGCUAA